UUUUUUCACUGUACAACUAUAUAUCGAGCACUGUAUAGGCGUAUAGCAUGUAAUGCAGAGUGUGCGAGAAAGAGAGAACGUGCGAAAACGCACACACGUAUGCCUCCCCACCCUAUACGGUGUAUGCGUGAGAGCCGCGCUAUAUAUUUUACACGCGAAGAGACGCUGCGCGAGUUGGGUGCGCGAGAGAUACUCACGCACUUGUGCAACAAGUUUUUAGAGAAAUAAGUAGGUGCUCACUCGAGAGCUGGAGCUGUAAUCUAACUAAUAGUCAUUGAUAAACCACGUUUGAACAAGUUAUCAAAAAUUGGAAAUGCAGGGCAGAUAGAAAACAAUCAUAAGGACGUUUAUACAUGCCCAAAGUAAACGAUAUUCCUAUACGAGCAUCACAAGCGGUUGGAGGGGAAAUUCCAACUUGAGCGGUAUUUUACGCUUCGCUGUACACUGCCAUGUUCUGCGUGUAUAAAUGCGAAUUUGGCAGCGAUGCACCAUUGUGUGAGUAGGUAACAGCGGCGAAGAAAGUAUAUAUAAGCCGACAGUGCUCCAGAAGGUCAUCGAUACAUUUUACGGGGACGGACCGGUAAAAAGCUAAAACUCACAAUGUCAAAACGAAACUUCGCCUUCGCCUUCGUCAUCUUCUGUGCCAUCAUAAUCUACAUAAAGAUCCAAUUCAAAUCCGGUGAAAAGGUCUCGUUCAGCAAGCAAUGGAUAACCGAGUACCUCACCGCCAAGCCAAACGUUGUCGCGAUCAAAGACCGUAUUUUAUACGUCGAUCUGGGCGAAGGGGCUGUUCACUUGAAGAACAGAGACGGCGUUGAAAUGGACACUUGCAAUAUCACUCUUCCCACCGAUUGGUCCGUCGCUCACCACAAAUCCAUAGCUUUGGGCAACGGCAAGAUAAUCAUCGCGACAGAACUGACAAAUCGUUUGGAGUCAUCUAAGAAGUCCUACUCGGACUUUUUCAUCGUCGUCGACUCGCUCAACUGCUCGGGUACCAAAACUCUGACAGUCAACGCUAGCGAGAGUUACGAGGGCGAGAAAUGGGAGUAUCGAUUGAUAGACGUGGUGCCUUAUCACGACAGCUUCGAUAUCUUCUACUUCAAGUAUAACAAGCGCAUGGACGAGACCGGCGGUGAGAUGAUCACAACACCCUUGCGGUUUAGCGACGAAGCCGAGCGAAUUCAUCUGUACCAUAAUUUCAAGGUCGAAACUAACCCGAUACAGUUCCACAUUCAGACCGUGAAACCGUUCGACCCGUCCGACGGCUACGUCUACACGCUGAUCCAAGACGCGAAAGAUCACAGCUACAGCGUCCAGAAGUUGUUGAGGCGCCUGGACUCGAGUUUCCAGCUGAUCGAGGAGACGGAAAUCAAGCCGUCGGCCUUCAAAAACGAACUGGCCAUGUCGGUGUCUCAGGACAACGUCAGCCUCUGCUACGUCAACCACGCAAGCGUCGACUCGGAAGGCGCUUGGACUUUCAAGACACCCACUGUGAUGUGCAAUUUCUUCGACGUCGAGGAUCUGAAACCUCGAGCCACGGUCAGCUUGCAAGCGCCUAAAUUUCGCAUCGAAGAGAGGAAGUUAGAGGUGGUGAGCCUACCCGACGGUGGAGCCGUCGUCGCUCUCGCUUUUCAACUCUACAUCAAAUUCGGAGAUCCCGCGGACAAGGGCUACACGACGAAGUACUACCUGCAGCGCAUCAACGCCGAUGGAAGCGUAGAAGAGCCUGUACACGUGGGCACCUACACGGCCAUCUCGAACGAGAUGAGCUUGGUGUCGCUGGGUGGCGGUGAGGUUUGCUUGAUCGUUGUUAGUCACUUGCAGCGGCCGAUUUAUCGUACGAUGAGAAUCCGGAGCAUGAUCAGCGGCAUGUGUCUGCAUGUGCGGACGAAAAAGAGAAGUGGACUGUGGUGAACGCUAUUGCGUGGAUUUAGACUCGUUGAUUGUGCGCGGUGAUACGAUUUUAGCUUGACUGUUAAACUACAGCGGUGACUGUAUAAUUUCAGUAGCUUGAUGUUGUGUCUAUAAUUAAGAGCGGCUUUGAAAAUUGUUUGUAACAAAGUUGAGUUGAUUGUCAGUCAAAUUAUACGGUAUAACCAGACGUCGGAGAAGAUUUAUACGCUAUGUGUAACUAAUAAUUUGUAUCAAUUAUGUAAAUUUGAUAAUCAAUAUUCAAUUAGUUCUGAACCUCGAAUUUUAUUUACUGUGCGUUUUAUGAAAAUUGUUCAAUGUUUAUUUGCUAUACACACUGAAUAAUAAAUACAAAUAAAAAUUAAUGAAGCAAUGUUAUAACAUA